UUUGUUAAGUGGACUCCACGAGGUUUCGAAUGCCGUACCAGGCUAUUCGAGAUUUCGUUUUCUGAGGUGGACUUGCCCGUAAAAACCCCAAAAUUUUAUUGGCAGUCGCCACGUUCGCCGCUGAUGCAAACUUCGUGAGUUAGGCCUUAGGCGUGAGAACUGUACAAUAGCGACUAGCGAGAGCCGAGAGCCGAGAGGUCAGCCAGUAGCAAAUCCGAACUCGGGUUCGGUUCUUGCUAGAAAAUGAAACCGAGAGGCACAACUUGCGAAAGUAUAACCUCUUAUCGCUGUAUCACGGCUUAUGGAUUCGCCCCUCUUUACGGCAGCUAGCGACUUCGACAUGGGACGGAAGAUGGAAUGGGCGGGGCGAUCGAGCCACCUAGGAGGGAUUCCUCGGAAGCUCGUCUUCAUUGCAGUGGGGGCAUUCGCCAAGGUGGUUGACACCCUCCUCAACUCUACCUCCGUUCACAACGCCGAAACCCUUAUUCGUCUAGUCCACUCCCGACCUCCUGGUGUUCCCCUCAUCACCGUCAGCAAUCACAUGUCAACAUUGGAUGAUCCUCUUAUGUGGGGGUUCAAGGAAUUCCCGUCGGCAGAUGCAAAACUGGCACGAUGGGUACUGGCAGCUGAAGACAUAUGCUUCAAAAAUGUGGUUCUUACGUAUUUCUUCCGUCUUGGAAAAUGCAUACCCAUAAGAAGGGGUGCAGGAAUUUAUCAGGAACACAUGAAUGAAGCUCUUGAUCGCUUGAGUGAUGGCGCCUGGGAGCAGUUGCAUACAUUUCCAGAAGGAAAAGUGUCACAAGAAGAUAAGCCUAUCAGGCGGUUAAAAUGGGGAACUGCCAGCCUUAUUGAACGUGCACCAGUAACACCAAUAGUUUUGCCAAUUGUGCAUCAUGGUUUUGAAAAGGUGAUGCCUGAGAAGUCUUUCUUUGGAAGAAGGCCGCCAUUCCCUCUCUGCAAUAAAGACAUUAAAAUAGUUGUAGGUGAGCCAAUAGAUUUUGACCUUCCUAAAUUGAGGCAGAUGGCCAUGUCCGUGUCUAGAGAUAUGUCAUUCCGCAGCUCUGGAUGGCCUAUGACUUCUCCUCAUGGACUUGAUGAGCCAGCACAGAGAUGGCUCUACACUACCAUCUCUGAUCGUAUUCGAGCUAUCAUGGAACAUCUAAGAUGCCUUGCUAUCCAAUUUUAACAAUGAAUGUACGGGGUUUUAUUCCUUUCCUUUUUUUUUUUUGUUGGCAUGGUCAGUAUCUUCUUAGUGCUUAUUGACCAUGCAAAAAUUUUUUCAUAGUUUAGAUUUUGUCGCCUGAGACUGAUUCUAUAGGUUUCAAGGUUGAUAUUUGAUUAAUGAAAAUUAUGAUUUUUAAUGAGUGAAAUUUAAAGAGUUUUACUUGAAGGAUCUAA